GACGCUCCGGGCGCGUCCGGCUGAUAGUAUAAGUGGAUCUAUCGACUGUGAGCGCACAGCUAUCGUCGUCGCAUCUGAACCAUGGAAACGUACGCUUCGACGGCGUUCUUUGCCUCUGCAUUUGCACUCCACGCGCUAUUGGCUUUCGCUCAAGAUCCGCCAGGACCUGGAGUGUGCAAUGCGGGCGCAGUAUUCAUCUGCUACAGAGAGUACAGUUCGGUGCUGUUUCGGCCAGAGCUGCUCCCAAAUGCGGACGGAAGCUUCAACGAUACUUCGUACCUUUCUGCGUGCAGCUUCUUUGCUCCGGACUCAACUUGCCAGCUGAGCAUCGUCCACUGUCCCAAACCCUUCAGGGACCAGUUCGCGCGGUCUGAGGAGGGCUACAAGGCCACCAGGGCCAUCGUCUGCGACGCACCGUCGCUCCAAGCUUUGGUGAGGAUCUCGGUGUGUUUGAACAACGACCGAAUGCACAAGUGCGUGGAUACCCCGACACAGCCAGAACCUGGAACAAAUCCUCGGGAAUACUGGUGCAAGUUCACCCAGGGUUCGCUCAGGUGUGUCGACGAUGGCGUCAAGGAGUGCAAGCACUCCUACGAACAGGAGAAGCCGAUUUUCAGGAAAUACUUCGCAGCCGUCUCUAACAUGUUCCUCUGCGACGCCAUCGCCAGCGGAAGUGCAGCUGCUGCGGCUCCCCACGCGCUUGUCUUCAGUGCGGUAGGGCUCAUGCUUACGGGUUGGGUGACGACGAAGUCCUUAAUAAAGUAUGCUAUAACUCACAACUUGCGCGGACUACAAGUACAGCGUUCUUCAACACUAAGAGGAUGCGGCUACGGGCAGCGCUUGUGUCGUGUUUGUCUCUCUUGGUCUCCAUCGUCAGUGCGCACUCUCCGGUAA